CAAAAGUCCUAUUUAAAGAACACAUUCUCAAUUUUGAAUCAGUAUACUGUCACGUCUUCAGUUCACAAUGAUUGCUUUGAAAGUGGUGUUUUUUGCCAUUUUGGCAACCACCUUGGCUGCUGAAGACGCAUCUAAACCAAAAAUAGAAGUCCUGACUGAGAGAACAUUCGUCAAUGAAGAUGGGUAUAAUUUCGAGUACAAAUUAAGCGACGGCGUUUCCCGGCAAGAAGAAGGCUCACUGAUCACGGUGGGCGAUCAUCAGGGCAUCGGUGUUCGUGGCCAGUACUCGUACGUGGCUCCCGAUGGCCAGGAGUACACGGUCACCUUCACUGCUGAUGACAAAGGCUUCAAUCCAGUCAUCCGUGCCUCGCCCGCUAAGGGACAAUAAAAUAUUUUAAAAAGUUU